AUGACCAACAACGCUGUAACUAUCGUACACUCGACUGUAUCAGGGUGGGUGUCUACCCCAGACAGUAGAGGUACGAUGGAUAUCAUCUGGUCCUCUUUUCUGACCAUCUUUCUCUGUACAUGGACAGCUGUCUGUCUCAACAUUCCUCAUCCAAACGACUCAAAGCGCGACAUCUUCAUCCGCAAAGCGAAAUGGAUGUUCUGGGCCAUAGUCGGGCCUGAAAUCGUCCUUGCCGUCGCUAUCGGACAGUACGCAUCCGCUCGACGAUCGAAGAAACGAUUCCAUCGCCUCGGUUGCAAAAAUUGGACGAUUCGACAUGGCUUCUUUGCGGACAUGGGAGGUAUUCUGCUUCAGCCAAAGGAGAGCUCUCCGUUCGUUGUCAAUGGUCGGCAGUUAGCAUACCUUGUUGAGAAGGAGUACAUUAAGUGCCCUGAUAUAACGGCUGAAGAGAUAUGGGACAAGUCCAAAGCCGAUACUUUGGCGAAGCUCAUCACUUUGGUCCAGGCUAGCUGGUUGGUGAUUCAGCUGUUGGGUCGGGCAGCACUGCGUCUCUCUACUACGACCUUAGAGUUAUCAGCUGGAGCUAUCGUGUUCUGCACGUUCGGAACUUUCUUCUGUUGGCUGCACAAGCCAGCUGAUGUACAGAGAGGCAUUGUGGUUACCACGGAUGUUACAACUGCCCAAAUCCUGAUUGACGCUGGUCCCGUUGCUGCAGCACCAUAUCGACAUACUCCUCUCGACUUCGUUGCGAGAGAGUCUUUCACUUGCAGCUACGACGUUAUGGGCUUUGUCAAUCGUCGUUGGGAUCAUCCGGAGCGGCCACUGAGAAAGUUCCCGAACGAUCGUUUUCCCGACAUCUGCACAUUCGAGAAAUUUGCGCUAUUUUGCUUGACCUCAGCGUACGCUGCUUCACACAUGAUCGCGUGGAAUUUCUCGUUUCCGACACAAACAGAGCUUCUGCUGUGGCGUAUAUCUAGUUCGCUGUUUACAGGAGUCACUGUAUUUUUCUGGAUUUUCGAGACGUGUGCGGCUCGACAGCGAUUUGGACGCUGGGACAAAUACCUUAUCUGGCUUCGACUGAAGAAGAACCCAGAUGCGUUACAGGCAGACGAAGAAACCGUCAAAGUUCCCACGCGCCAGGAUACGAUCAAUCGUCUGGACGCUUUCGAACAAGAGCAACGCAAAGCUAAGCUCAUAUUGAUGUGGGAACUCGCGCUUCUUGCUCCUGUUGUGCUUCUGUACUCCGCCGCGAGAGGUUACAUGAUAGUGGAAGUCUUCGUGAGUCUUAGAGAAGUACCAGUUGGAGUGUACAAAACGUUUGAGGUAGCAGAACUGAUCCCUCAUUGGUAA